AUGUGGCUUCUUUUGCUUCUCAUACCCAUGGUGGCCGCUGGUACGCCAUGCAACCCAGAGGGAUUCUGUGACUAUUUUGAAAAAAUAACAGAAACAGUUACAGAUCAGAUAACUAUAUUUCGAUGGGAAAAAUAUGAAGUACCCUGUGGUUACCAGGACCAGGAUAGAUGUGCUCGAUACAGACCUGUUUACACUGAAGAAAACGGCGAAGUGACUCAAACCGAUACGAGACGUAAACGAGAUUGCUGUGAAGGAUAUGAGAAACAAGCAGGCAAAUGUGAACCUAUUUGUGAACGUCCAUGCGAGAACAGAGGAACUUGUACCGCUCCUGAUCAUUGUUCCUGUUUACCAGGCUGGGCCGGCGAAACAUGUAACCAAGUUUGUCCUCCUGGAAAAUUUGGUAUGGCAUGUGCAGAAGACUGUACAUGUGUGAAUGGUGAUUGUGAUGGUGUUGACGGCCUUUGCUCAUGCUAUUCUGGUUACCAGGGCGCUAACUGUGAUGUUGAGUGCAAUGAAGGUUUCUAUGGUCAUGACUGUGGAGGGAGGUGCAAAUGUCAUAAUCGUGCCCCAUGUGAUCAUGUUGAUGGUACAUGUCAAUGUCCUGCUGGAUUUCAAGGAUCAGUUUGUGACAGGAUCUGCAAUGUGGGAUUUUACGGUGUUGGUUGUACUUUAACAUGUCAGUGUCGCCAUGGUGGUUUCUGUGGUCAUGUUGAUGGGUCUUGCAGAUGUACACCUGGUUAUACAGGUACGUUGUGUCAGACUAGGUGUGAAACUGGUAUGUAUGGAGAUGGAUGUACUUCUAGGUGCCAAUGUCAAAAUGGAGCUGAAUGCCACCAUGUAGAUGGUUCUUGUACAUGCGCUUCUGGGUACAGAGGGACCAACUGUGAAGACGUGUGCCAGGAUGGUAACUAUGGUAUGAACUGUGCAGAGAUAUGUACCUGUGUCAAUGGAGAUUGUGACCAUGUGAGCGGAAAUUGCAGGUGUAGACCUGGUUGGCAAGGAUCUGACUGUGAUACUCCAUGUACUGAAGGUUUCUUUGGACACCAGUGUUCAAAUCCCUGCCUGUGUCAAAACGAUGCACGGUGUGAUGCAGUAACUGGCUUAUGUACCUGUACGGCUGGCUGGCAAGGUACAAACUGUGAUCAACAGUGCAAUCCUGGAUUUUAUGGACAAGACUGUGCUGAACCAUGUCUGUGUCAGCACCAGUCACCAUGCUACCAUAUAGAUGGAACAUGUACCUGUAAACCUGGCUACACUGACCCUAUCUGCUCGACAAAAUGUCCAACGAACACAUUUGGACAAGACUGUCAAUAUCCGUGUCAAUGUCGAAAUGGUGCAGCAUGUCACCAUGUAACAGGUGAAUGUACUUGUACUCCCGGUUGGACAGAAUAUCUAUGUGCAUAUCCUUGCCCAGAAGGAACAUAUGGAGCUGAAUGCAGCCAAAGAUGUGCAUGUCAGAAUGACGGUAGGUGUCAUCAUAUUGAUGGUAGCUGUUCUUGUUCUCCUGGAUGGCAGGGUGAUGUGUGCAACAUACCAUGUGAUAGGGGAUUUUAUGGCACAGAAUGUUCCCAACAAUGUCGAUGUGGUAAUGCAGGUGACUGUAACCACAUUGAUGGAGUUUGCAGUUGCACUCCAGGUUGGGAAGGUGAACAGUGUAAUAAGAGAUGUACUAAUGGUUUUUAUGGUGACAACUGUAGAGAAAGGUGUGUCUGUCAAAAUGGAGCAGUUUGCUUUCAUAUAGAUGGAACAUGCACAUGUUCUCCUGGGUGGACAGGUGCUGAUUGUUCACAACCUUGCCUACAAGGCACAUUUGGACAAGACUGCAGUCAAACAUGUUUAUGUAAGAACGGUGCAGACUGCAAUGCAGUUGAUGGAUCUUGUACAUGUACAGAUGGGUGGCGUGGAAGCGAUUGUUCAAGCCCAUGCCCAGAAGGAUAUUAUGGUGUGUCUUGUGGGAGUAGAUGUGACUGUCAAAAUGCAGUUUCGUGUAACCAUAUAAGUGGGGAAUGCACAUGUAAUCCUGGCUGGAGGGGACAAAGGUGUAACCGCCCAUGUCCGCAGGGCACAUGGGGACGCAAUUGUCAACAAAGUUGUCAAUGUUUAAAUGGAGCGACAUGUGAUACUGUUGAUGGUACAUGUAUUUGUGCUGCUGGUUAUAGGUCAUUCUGUGAAGAGGAGUGUCCAGAAGGUACCUAUGGGGUUGGAUGUAUUGGUAUCUGUCAGUGUGAGAACGGCGCUGCUUGCAGUCGGUUUGAUGGUAGUUGUACAUGCACAGCUGGUUGGUUUGGUGCUUAUUGUAACCAGGCAUGUGCAGAUGGAUUCUGGGGAGUUAAUUGCAGAGAAGCCUGUCCAUGUGAAAAUAAUGCUCGAUGUAAUCGUUUUGAUGGAAGAUGCUUGUGUGAAGCAGGGUUCACGGGUGAUCGUUGUGAGACCAUCUGUAGUCAAGGUACCUAUGGCAUAAAUUGCCGAGGUCAGUGCCAGUGUGAGAAUGGUGCAGCAUGCUCACGUGUUGAUGGAACUUGUUCCUGUACUCCAGGUUAUAUUGGAAUAUACUGCAGUCGCCCAUGCUUGUCCGGGACCUAUGGCCGUGAUUGUCGUGAACUAUGUGCGUGUCAAAACAAUGCACCUUGUAAUAAUGUAGAUGGCACAUGUACAUGCCCCGCAG